GGUCCACCUCACCUGAACCAUGUAGCGUCGCUUUCCUUCAGUGAAAAACUAGUGAUUGGAAAAGAAAAAGAAGAACACGUCUUGAUAUUUGAUGUGUUUAUUCUUAAUUCAUAUAUAGCUACGGCUAUAAAACAUUUCUAUAUCAAAAACCGCUGAUGGCGAUGUAGCUAUACGAAGGUGCACUCGGAGACGGCGAGGUGAACACACGCUGCCCUGGAACUGGUGAUGAUACAGAAAGCAUUCCAAAACUGUGUUUUUGGGGGUUUUAAACUUAAGAGACACUUGGUCUUUCUCCACAGUAUAAGAUGGCAAUUUGACAAAUGGAAUCCCUCAGCUUAAUCAAUGGCUCCUCUGGGAGCAAAGACCUGGCCAUUGGUGAGGAUUCAUCUGAGUUGUCUCCGAACAAUCCCUUGCUUGAGCUGGGAGAUAGCACCAAACAUCUUGGUGUCCAGGUGGUUCUGAUCUUUGCUUACUCAACCAUCAUUCUGUUGGGAGUGGUGGGGAACUCUCUGGUGAUUUACGUAGUCUACAAAUUUAAGACACUACGUACCGUCACCAACUUCUUCAUAGCAAACCUUGCCGUGGCUGAUCUGCUCGUCAACACAUUGUGUCUUCCAUUCACGCUGGCUUACACUCUACUGGGCGAAUGGAAAUUUGGACAAGUGCUUUGUUUCACACUACCUUACGCUCAAGGUCUUGCCGUCCAUGUCUCUACAGUUACAUUAUUUGUAAUCGCCCUGGAUCGACACAGAUGCAUCGUUUAUCACCUCGAUACACGGAUGUCGAAGGACACCUGCUUUCUGGUCAUUGCCAUCACCUGGGUUAUAAGUGCCAUUCUGGCUAGCCCACUGGCCAUCUUCAGGGAGUAUGAGAUUGUAGAUCUGUCACCAGACGAAUCCAUUGAAGUCUGCCGGGAAAAGUGGCCUGGGAGUAGUACAGAUAGCGCUCUAUACUCAAUCUCCAUGCUGUUGCUGCAGUAUGUACUGCCCCUAGUGGUAAUCUCUUUUGCAUACAUCCGCAUCUGGAUUAAACUCCGCAACCACGUAAACCCAGCUGGCCACAACGAUAGACAUCAUCGUCGUCGCAAAACAACCAAGAUGCUUGUGACCAUGGUUGUGGUAUUUGCGGUGAGUUGGCUGCCCUUCCACGCCUUCCAGCUCGCCAUCGACAUUGUCCCAGAAGUGCUGGUCAUGAAGGACUUCAGGCUCCUCUACACAGUUUUCCAUAUUGUGGCCAUGUGCUCGACCUUCGCCAACCCACUUCUUUAUGGCUGGAUGAACCGGAACUACCGCAGUGCUUUUGUCGCUGUCUUCCGUUGUGAGGAAAGGCUUGAAACGUUGCACACUGAGGGCCAGGGUGCCACAACGGUUCGCAACAAAACCAAAAAGGCUGUGGAAGCCCAAGAUACGGUGACGCCACAUCUUAAUGCAUCAGAUGUCUGAUGUAACUUCACAACAGUAGCUGUGUCUGAAACCGAUGGAAGCUGGACAGUCAAGACAGUCUAUAACUUAACAUGCACCAUUUUGGUAUAAAGGUACUACCUAAAGAAAACUGGUUUGAGACAGGCUUACAAUGCACCAUAAUGUCUGGUGUUGUAGAACAAGUUCAAAUGAGCUUUAGAUAAAACCAAGUAAGUAUUAAAU